AGGAUGGACGAAGAUGGGAUAUGGGAGAGUCAGCAACAUAAGCCACUGUGGACCACCCAUCCCUGAUACCCCAACCAAGCCGAACCUCCUUUCUUUUCAUCUUGACAGUUCCCUGGGUGCUGUAUCCAUCUGACCCAUCUCCUCUCCUCAGGGCAGCAGGUGGUGGAGACAGCCACAAGUUAAACCGCCUUGGCAGGAUCAACUUCUACCUUCCAAAGGGUUCUAAGUAAUGGCGGUAGAGGUGAUUGUAUGAUCAAUUUGAAAUGACUCCCCUACCGUUUCGGAAGCAGGUUAGGAAGGCCACAAAAAGCGACAACGAAGAUUGGCUUCUGGCUCAGCUAGGUUUAGGAUGCUUCCCGGUCAGACGAAUUUCUCCCAAUCGGAUGAAGUUCACCUUGGGCCUGGGGUCGCGGGCCUGGAGAGUGUCCUGGGAACGGGCGGCGGCGGCUGCGGCAGCGGUCCCUGGGGCGGGCGGCGCGCUGGGCAGCGGCUCACUGCGCGUCUCCAGCCGCCGCGGCCCUCGGCUCGCGCGCGCCCUCCCUCUAUGCCUCUCCGGCGGUGGCGGCGCCCGAGCUCUCCCGGACUGUGCCGGGCCCAGCCCCCGCCGCUCCGGCGCCAGGCAGCUGGCCGGCCCGCGCGCGAUGGAGCAGACGUACGGCGAAGUGAACCAGCUUGGUGGUGUGUUCGUCAACGGCCGUCCCCUGCCCAAUGCCAUCCGCCUGCGCAUCGUGGAAUUAGCACAGCUGGGUAUCCGACCCUGUGACAUCAGUAGGCAACUGCGGGUCUCUCAUGGCUGUGUGAGCAAAAUCCUGGCGCGCUACAACGAGACCGGUUCCAUCCUGCCCGGGGCCAUUGGGGGCAGCAAACCUCGAGUUACCACCCCCAAUGUAGUGAAGCACAUCCGGGACUACAAGCAGGGCGAUCCUGGCAUCUUUGCCUGGGAGAUUCGUGACCGGCUACUGGCUGACGGCGUCUGUGACAAGUACAACGUGCCUUCCGUGAGCUCUAUUAGUCGCAUCCUGCGAAAUAAGAUUGGCAGCCUGGCACAGCCAGGGCCAUACGAAGCAAGUAAACAGCCGCCGCCGCAGCCCGCGCUGCCCUACAAUCAUAUCUACCAGUACCCGUACCCCAGCCCAGUGUCACCCACGGGCACUAAGAUGGGCAGUCAUCCCGGGGUUCCCGGCUCAGCGGGCCACGUCAGUAUCCCGCGUUCAUGGCCCUCCGCACAUUCAGUCAGCAACAUUCUGGGCAUCCGGACAUUUAUGGAGCAAACAGGGGCCCUGGCCGGGAGCGAAGGCGCUGCCUACUCCCCCAAGGUGGAAGACUGGGCGAGUGUGAAUCGUGCCGCCUUCUCCACCUCGUCAGCAGUGAAUGGACUCGAGAAACCUGCCUUGGAGGCAGACAUUAAAUAUACCCAGUCGGCUUCCAGCCUCUCCGCAGUGGGCGGCUUCCUUCCUGCCUGCGCCUACCCGGCUUCCAACCAGCACGGAGUAUACAGCGCUCCAGCAGCCGGCUACCUAUCCCCCGGCCCGCCCUGGCCACCAGCCCAGGCACCCCCGCUGGCGCCCCACGGAGCUGGUGUGGCGGUGCACGGCGGGGAGCUUGCCGCGGCAAUGACCUUCAAACACCCCAGCCGAGAAGGGACCGACAGGAAGCCCCCUAGCCCGGGAGGCAAGGCCACGGACGCACUCGGUAGCUUACACGGACUUUCCAUCCCGGCUUCGACCUCCUAGGGGCUGUCCCCUCGUAGAGCCACAGAUCAGCUCAGAGGGGCCGGCCGGACCGCGGCUCCGCUCACUCGACCUCUGGCUGGCAGCAUCCUGAAGUUGGGGCUCCGGCACUGCCUCCGCCCCAACAGUUCCUUCACGAGCUCCUGGGAUCUUUUCGGUCUUUCCCAACCUUGGUUUUUGAAGGCUGCGCUAACCUUCCUUGCUUGAGAGAGGCUCCUGAAUCCACAGCGUCGACUUACCUUUUUUUUUUUAAUCUUCUCCUCCCUCCUCCUGUUCUCUCUCUCUCUUCCCUCCUCUAUUUUCUCGUCCCAAUUCUUUCCCUUUUUGCAUUCUUCCCUCUCCAUCUCCUGGUUUCUCUCUCACUUUUCUCACAAUCAAAGGUCUGAUCUUUACAGCUUCCCUGACUCUACUGCUCCAAUCUGGGCAAACUUCAGUACACUCUGCAAGGACCCAACCCUCCUCUAUUACCCCCACCCGACCCCCGCCAUCCCCUCCUCCCCUGAACACCCUCCGUCCCAAGGGAGUGGGGCUUGAACCUAGGAGCAAAGCCAAAACCCUUGUUCAUAUAUUUUUAUAGUAACAAAAAGGAGUACAACUUCCCUGGGUUGCUGCCCCUUCCCUGAGAAUAUUUUUUUCUGUGCCCAAUGACUAGGCUGGCUUUAUUUCUAAGUUAAUGCCACCUGAAAGAAGACAGUGCAAGAGAAAGAGAUGCUGGGACGGGUAGUGUUUUCAGUAAUUAAAAACUAGGCACACCUCUCUUAGCCCGGCUACACCCAAUGCUCCCUAAUGUACCUCCCGACCCAACAGCAUUGUUUCAGGUGUUUUCCCCUCCAUACAUUUGUUGAUUUUGAGGAACAAACUGCUUCAGGGUGCUGAGGUCCAUUCUGGCUUCUGGUUUGCAAGGAAUUGGAGUGGGUAAAAACCCAGGAACCCAGGAGGCUCUUCUGGAGUAAGGCAAGAGGGCUAUUAACUGAUUUCAAGUUCAGAUGAACUGGUGGCGGGACUCUGAGUAUAAUUCAAUUUUUGUAGUCAUAAACAUAUUACUGGUGAGAGUCUGGCUUCACCUGUUAAACAUGGGCGGGCGUCUUUGAAUAAAGGAAAUUCUGAAAUUCACCAGCUUGGUGA